CGCUGGCUUAUCUCCGCGGAACUGCCCCUCCGGCAUAAAUAGCGGCGGCGGAGCCUCGGCCGCUCAGACGGGACGAGCAGCAGCGCCAGAGAUUGCUGGUUCAGCGCGAAGAUGAGAGCCGUGGUGUUGACCCUCGCCCUGCUCUGCCUGACGGGCACCCAGGCCCGCUCCCUCUGGCAGCAAGAUGAUCCCCAGGCGCCCCUGGAUCGCCUCAAGGACAUGCUGGAUGUGUACCUGGAGACAGUGAAGGCCAGCGGCAAGGAAGCCAUCUCCCAGUUCGAGGCCUCUGCCGUGGGCAAACAGCUGGACCUGAAGCUGAGUGAGAACCUUGACACCCUGGGUGCAGCCGCCGCCAAGCUCCGUGAGGAUGUUGCCCCCUACUACAAGGAAGUGCGAGAGAUGUGGCUGAAGGACACCGAGAACCUGCGCAAGGAGCUGACCAAGGACCUGGAGGAGGUGAAGGAGAAGAUCCGGCCCUUCCUGGACCAGUUCUCUGCCAAGUGGACGGAAGAUCUGGAGCAGUACCGCCAGCGCCUGGCCCCCCUCGCUCAGGAGCUGAAGGAGAUCAGCAAGCAGAAGGUGGAGCUGCUGCAGCAGAAGCUGACCCCCGUGGCUGAGGAGGCGCGGGACCGGCUGCGUGGGCACGUCGAGGAGCUGCGCAAGAACGUGGCACCCUUCAGCGAUGAGCUGAGGCAGAAGCUGAGCCAGAAGCUGGAGGAGAUCCGUGAGAAGGGCAUCCCUCAGGCCGCUGAGUACCAGGCCAAGGUGAUGGAGCACCUCAGCAACCUGCGUGAGAAGAUGACGCCCCUGUUGCAGGACUUCAAGGAGCGCCUCACCCCCUACGCCGAGAACCUCAAGGUCCGUGUCAUCACCCUCCUGGACGAUCUCCAGAAGAGCAUGGAGCUGCAAGCCUGAGCCCAGCCCCGCUCCCACAGCUGCCCCGGGGUGCUCCCUGCCGUGCCCUGGGUGCUUCCUCUCGGGGGGCUCUGGGGAUGGGCUGCUGGAGCCCUGGGCCAGCCCAGCCCCAGGGUGUCCUCCCCAGAGACCUCCUCCUCUCCUCCCUACCCCCUCUCCUCCCCUCUUUGGCGUCACUCUCAGCUUUGCCUCCCUUUUGUCAAAUAAACAUGACUUAAGUUA